AUGAAACCAAAAAAUGUAACUAAAAACAAUGAAAAGGAUAUAUUGAGGGAAAUAUAUCAUAAUCAAAAUCCAAUGUUUUGUGUCACAUCAAAGUUGAAAAGAAAAUUUAAAAUUGGCUACACUCCCAAUUGGACAACUGAAGUUUUUACAAUCACAAAAGUAUUGAAUACAAUACCGAUAACUUACAAGCUUGCUGACUAUCAAGAUAACAAUGUUGAAGGAUGUUUUUAUCAAGAAGAACUGAGUCCAGUACGCUAUCCAGAUAUAUAUCUUGUUGAAAAAAUUUUAGAAAAACGUAAAAAUAAAGUACUUGUAAGAUGGUUAGGUUUCGAUUCUGAACAUGAUACAUUGGAAAAUGAAUCAGAAUUAUAA